GGCGGAUUCAAACGUUCCGGCCUGCUCUCAGGGCCUGUAGAAGCGUCGGAGUCGCGGUUCUCGGUGUCCCCGCGGGCGUGAGCUGCAGUGCGGCGCAGGGAGGACCUAGGAAUUUCAGGCGGCUGGUGCCCGAGCCGGAGGGAGAAGAUGGCGCUUUCGACCACAGUCUCGCAGAGGAAGCUGAUAAAGCGGAAGGCUCCCCGCGGUUUUUUAAAGCGCGUCUUGAAGCAACGGAAGCCUCACCUCCGUCUGGAGACAAAUAGCGACCUACUGGUGCAUCUGAAUUGUUUACUCUUUGUUCAUCGAUUAGCAGAAGAGGCUCGGACAAAUGCUUGUGAGAAUAAGUGUGGAGUCAUUAAAAAGGAGCAUGUACUGGCUGCAGCAAAGGUAAUUCUAAAGAAGAGCAGAGGUUAGAAGUCAAAGAACACAUUUUUGAAAAUUAUAUGAUGUAUUAUUUUAGGUGGUAACAGAUCGUGAAAGCACGUUUUAUAUAGCAGUUAAUAUUGUGUAUUAAAAUAUUGGCUAGCUGAAGGAUGUGUGUGUUUGUAUGUUUUUUACUGGUAUUGAAAUGUCUCAAGUAUACACAUAGAGCUAUAUAAGCUUUGUUUUUGAGGAAUUGUUUCAUUAUAAGUGGCCUUUAGUUCAUUCGGCUUCUCUUUUUGUUGGUAUUGCAGAUGUUUUACAUAUCAAAAAUGAAAUCUUAGCGUGUGAAGUAGCUUGAAGAGAUGUAUUUCUUAGAAUUAAGUUUAUAAGUGUUUAGAUUUAGCCACAGUUAACUAUGGAAUCAAUUUACUCUCUGAAGGAAGACAAUGUGCAGUCAAAUCUAGGUGUAUUUUAAAUAUUUUAACUGUUUAACGCCUUUGCAUAAGCAAUGCAGUCUACUUUUAUUUAGGUCAAUAGUGUAAUAAUACAAUUUCUCAACUGUAAACACCAGCAGGGUGUUUUCAAAAACCUAUUUCCCUCCAAAACCAAAAAAAAAAAAUUACAGAGCAAAUUGACUUAUGUUCUUCAAGUCACACAGAUUUAAUAGAUGGGUUUUGUUUCCCCCCAAGAA